AUGGAAGAUUCCAACAAUUCAUUAAGUUCGAAGGAUGUUUCGUCCACCAUUUCGCUCUAUGAGCCUUCAACAAGUGUUUAUCUAGCAGAUAAUGCAUCAACGCAGGCGGUUUACGACAUGGAUCCGGAAGAAAGUAUCUCUAGGCCAUUAUCUAGGGGAUCAGUAACCUCAGGUGUAUCGAUGAUGGCUACAAAGGACGGUGUUGACGGUGAAAAGGUCAAAAGGUUGGGUAUUCCCCAGUACUCGUUAAACUUGCUGAAUUCUAUGGCACAUAAUCAAUACAAAAAAAUGCACCAUCUGGGUACUCACGGAUAUUCGUCUCCGUGGAAAAAUCAGCAAGAUUCAGUGUCAUUGUCUUCGCUACAAAUGAAAAGUACGCCCUACUUGAAUACGCCUAAUGGACCACCCAUGACCUUACGGGAAAAGAUGCACUGGUUAAGUAGCGAUAUCAACCCUGACAUGGAGGAUAACAUCAAUGACCAUUCCGAUUUUGAGUCGGCACCAGACUCGUUGUCAGCCACUCCCAGUGAUGCACAGAACGCAGGCGGAUAUACUACGAAACGAAAAUUUCAGAAUGCGAUGCAAGAUGGUAAUCCACCGAACUUUUUCCAAACUGCCAGUCAUAGAAGUGCAAAUGGAAGCGACAUUGAGAGUAACGUCAGCACUGUUGGCGAUGAGGCUUCGUUCUCAAGGAACAUUCAAAAUUUAUCUCCUCCAAUUAGUGUAGCUGAGGGCAAAAGAGAAUGA